GCGGUGCCAUCGAUAUUACACACAGAGGGCGGCAAGCGGAAAACAACAGCGCCUCUGGCAAUCAUCUUCUGAGCUUAUCAUGAAGUUCGUGGUGGUGCUUGUGGGAGCCGGCACGCUGGCCUUCCUCGGCGCGGUCAUCUGCAUCGUUGCCAGUGUUUAUCCCCGGAAACGCGCCGCGCCUCUCAGCGACAACGGCACCCUGACAUCGGAGACGCUGCUCCAGCCGCUGGAGCCCGGAUCGGUGGCGCAUGCCGGGCCGCUGGGAGCGCUGCACGGCGCCGAGUCCUACGAUGGAGGGAACGGGCUCGGCGGCAUCGGCUUGGAGGUCCCCACUUUGAACGAGCUCAACCUCGGAGAGGAGACAGGCGGGGGGUCCGCGAAACAGCUCAGCUUCAGCCGGCUGAUCUGCACCCCUGUGCCGGUCGGAGAAUGCAAGACCAAAGAUCUGCGGCAGCGGCGGGAGCAGAAACAGCAGCAAGCGGACGACCCGCUGUACGGGGCCGGGGAUGAAGACUGGACUUAUCUCCGGACCACCGCGGAGGAGCUCCGGCAGAUGGUCCUGCAGCAGAACGACCAGAUCCUCAUGGACCAUAGGACCAUCCGGGAGCUGACGGGGAAGCUGAGCGAGUGUGAGAGCGGCCUGGAGGACGAGAGGAACGUCCCGGAGCGGAGCGUCGGCGUAUGGAGCGGCAACCGCCGGGUCAUGGCCGGGGAUGAUGUGAGCUCUUCCACCGCGGCGCAGCUGCAGACGGCGCGGGCCGUGGAGGAGCUGGCCAGGGCCAUCAUGGACCUGAAGGACCGCAUUGAGAAACUCGAGGCAGAGAUAGGCCCUGCUGCCUUGAACCUCACAGACACUCCCGUGGGUGCAAGUAGCGGCAGCAGCAGCAGCGGCAGCAGCAGCAGCCCGGCUGGUAACACCGGCAAGGCUCCCGCUCCGCCGACUGGCAGUGCUUCCUCCUCACCUGCAGUGGCUCCCCCAGGGGGUCGCCGCCCUCCCUCCCCCGCUUCCCCUGCCCCUAAGCCCCCAUCUAAGGCCUCCCCUGGACGUGGAAAGGGCACCUGGAGGGUGGAGGACCUGGAGGGGGAGCUGGAGAGGAAGAUAAAGAUGUUGGAGAAGGAGCGGCAGGCCAUGAGGAAAGAGACGCAGGGCCAACACGAGAAGAUCAACCAGGGCAUCGACACAGUCAGCCACCGCGUCACUGAGCUGGAACACACGCUGACAGAGCCGUCAUUCCCCGACGGCUUCGUCCUCUCCUUCCCCAUGCGGACCAACUACAUGUACGGCCUGGUGAGAAAAGAGAUAACAGAGAUGUACGCCUUCACCGCCUGUGUGUGGCUGAAGGCCAAAGAAGGGGGGAUCGGGACUCCCUUCUCCUACUCAGUCCCGGGGCAGCCUAAUGAGCUGGUGCUGCUACAGGGAGUCCACAACCCUGUGGAGCUGCUCAUCAAUGACAAGGUGGCGCAGCUGCCUCUGUCCCUACCGCAGGACGAGUGGCAGCACAUCUGUGUCAGCUGGACCCUGAGGGAUGGGGUGUGGAAGGCCUAUCAGGGCGGAAAGAUGAAGGGGAGGGGAGAAGGACUGGCUGCCUGGCAUCCCAUUAAACCAGGAGGAGUCCUCAUACUGGGACAGGAGCAGGAUACAUUGGGCGGGCAUUUUGAUGCCUCCCAGGCCCUGGUCGGCGAGCUCUCUCAGUUCAACCUGUGGGAUCGGGUGCUGAAGCCGGCAGAGGUGGCCGCCGUGGCCGACUGCAGCUCCUCAGCGCUGGGCAACAUCGCCCCCUGGACCGACCACGACGUAGACGUCUACGGCGGUGCCACCAAGGAGUCCCUGGACCCGUGUCACGCUGCGCAGCGAUCCAACCCCUCCAGCCCCAAACAGUGA